AUGGUUCUUUUAUAUCUCUCGACCAUUUCUAACGCCGUCCUAAUAUCAUCUUUCUUUCUUUUUUUUAUUCUACUUCUUUAUUUUAUUUUCCCAUUUCUUUCUUUCAUUUUCCCAUUUCUUUCUUUCUUUCUUUCUUUCUUUCUUUCUUUCUUUCAUUUUCACAUUUCUUUCUUUCUUUCUUUCUUUCAUUCAUUUUCACAUUUCUUUCUUUCUUUCUUUCAUUUUCACAUUUCUUUCUUUCUUUCUUUCAUUUUCACAUUUCUUUCUUUCUUUUUUUCUUUCAUUUUCACAUUUCUUUCUUUCUUUCUUUUAUUUUCUCAUUUCUUUCUUUCUUUCUUUCUUCCUUUCUUUCAUGUUCACAUUUCUUUCUUUCUUUCUUUCAUUUUCACAUUUCUUUCUUUAUUUUAUUUUCCAAUUUCUUUCUUUCAUUUUCCUAUUUCUUUCUUUUAUUUUCCCAUUUCUUUUUUUUUAUUUUCCCAUUUCUUUCUUUUCUUUCUUUCAUUUUCACAUUUCUUUCUUUCUUUCUUUCAUUUUCACAUUUCUUUCUUUCUUUUAUUUUCCCAUUUCUUUCUUUCUUUCUUCCUUUCUUUCAUUUUCACAUUACUUUCUUUCUUUCUUUCAUUUUCACAUUUCUUUCUUUAUUCUAUUUUCCAAUUUCUUUCUUUCAUUUUCCCAUUUCUUUCUUUUAUUUUCCCAUUUCUUUUUUUUAUUUUCCCAUUUCUUUCUUUCUUUUAUUUUCCCAUUUCUUUCUUUCUUUUAUUUUCCCAUUUCUUUCUUUCUUUAUUCUAUUUUUCUUUCAUUUUCCCAUUUCUUUUUUUUAUCUCUUUCAUUCAUUUUCCGAUUUUCUUUCCCUCUUUCUUUCAUUUUCCAAUUUAUUUAUUUUAUUUCCCUUUUUUUCUUUCUUUCUUUCAUUCAUUCGUUCAUUCUUUCGUGCUUUCUUUAUAUCUUUCUUUCUUUCAUUCGAACGUUGUUUCCUUCUUUCAUUCAUCCUUUCUUUCAUUCACUCGUUCUUUCUUUCGUUCUUGCAAUUUUUCAUUUCUUUCUUUUAUUCAUUUUCAAUUUUCUUUCAUUUUCCAAAUUUAUUUAUUUUAUUAA